AUGUUCAGCCGGUCAGGAUACCAGGCCCUUCCCUUGGGAGACUUUGACCGCUUCCAGCAGUCCAGCAUUGGGCUCUACAGUGCCCAGAAGGGCUUCUUCUCCUUUGGAUCCAAGCAAGACCCUCUGGGGCCAGCCGGGAAUACCAUAGAGUCCUCCCAGGGUUGGCUGUCCUGGAUCUGCCAUGGGAUUAUCACCUCCUUAGUCUUCUUGCUGAUGGUUGUCACCUUCCCCAUCUCAGGCUGGUUUGCCUUGAAGAUUGUGCCCACCUACGAGCGAAUGAUCAUCUUCCGCCUGGGCCGCAUCCGGGCACCGCAGGGACCUGGCAUGGUCCUGCUGCUGCCCUUCAUCGACCACUGGCAGCGAGUGGAUCUGAGGACAAGGGCCUUCAACGUGCCCCCCUGCAAGCUGACCUCCAAGGAUGGGGCCAUCAUCUCCAUGGGUGCCGACAUCCAGUUCCGCGUGUGGGACCCCGUGUUGUCUGUCAUGAUGGUGAAGGACCUCAUUGCGGCCACCCGGAUGACGGCCCAGAAUGCCAUGACCAAAACCUUGAUGAAGAAGAGUCUCCGUGAGAUCCAGGUGGAGAAGCUGAGGAUUGGGGAGCAGCUACUGCUGGAGAUCAAUGACAUGACCAAGUCCUGGGGCCUGGAGGUGGACCGUGUGGAGCUGAGCAUGGAGGCUGUGCUGCAGCCACCCCAGGAGAGCCCUCUGGCCGCUGUGCCAUCCGUGCCCGGGCUGGAUGGCACCAUUCAGCAGCUGGCUGCCCACUUCUUCAGCAGCACCCUGGCUCUGGCAGGCAACGGGACCAGCAUUCCAGGGGCAGCAGACAGCGUGGAGACAGUGAAUGAGAUGGAGCCUCCCACCGCUCCCCUCCUUGCCAGCAGUGCCCAGAGGAAGCCCAGCACAGAUGAGCUGCUCUCAGCAGUGGAACCCAUCCUCUCUGAGGCCCUGGUCAGCCAGGUGGGAGCAUCCUACCAGGUCAACAUCGCCCUGCCCGGCGGCGCCUGGAGCACCUACUUCAUAGACCUCUCCUCAGGCAGCGGACGGGCUGGCCAUGGCGUGCCCGAGGGCAUCCCUGAUGUCAUUCUGGAGGUGGCAGAGAAGGACCUGCAGGACCUCUUCUCGGGUGACCUGCGCCCCUUGAGUGCCUACAUGAGCGGGAGGCUGCAGGUGAAAGGCGACCUGCACCUUGCCCUGAAGCUAGAGGAGCUCAUCAAGGCAAUGAAGCAGCGUAGAUAG